CUUCAAUAUUCCCUCCAUAUAUGAGAAUAUAAGAUCGAAACUGAGACGAACGCUACCACCAAGAACGAGAGAGAGAAAAUGGCGAUUGCGAGAACUGGUGUUUACGUUGAUGAUUAUCUGGAAUAUGCUAGAACCUUGCCAGCGGAGCUUCAAAGGCUGCUCAGUACCAUCCGCGAGCUCGAUGAGCGAUCUCAGGGGAUGAUAAAUCAAACAAAGCAACAAACGAAGUUCUGCUUAAAAAUUUCGAGCCAGAGCUCUAAAAAAAGGAAUAAUAAUGGUGAAGAUGAUGAAGUUGGAGUUGAGAAAUUGCGUAAAGAGAUAGAAGCCACCCAAACUAACGCGUUAAGCCUUUGUACUGAGAAGGUUUUACUUGCUCGACAAGCUUAUGAUCUUAUAGAUAGCCAUAUAAAGCAUCUAGAUGAAGAUCUAAACUACUUUGCUGAAGAUCUAAAGCAAGAGGGAAAAUUAGCACAAGAGGAGCCUGCCAUUCUUCCACCUCUUCCAAUAUUUACUGCCCAAAAAUCUGAAAAGAAGCGGAAUGCGUAUGGAACAUCACAUUCAAGGCGUUUUUAUAGAGACAGAGAUUUGGACCGUGAGCAACACAAAGAUUCAGAACUGAUGCCACCCCCAGGUAGUCACAAGAAGGAUUUUCCUGUUCCUGUCGAUACUUAUCAGCCAAUCGAUCCAAAUGAACCAAUCUACUGUGUUUGUAAUCAGGUAUCUUUUGGAGAUAUGAUAGCGUGUGACAACGAGAAUUGCCAAGGAGGAGAAUGGUUUCAUUAUGCGUGUGUUGGACUGACACCAGAAACAAGAUUCAGAGGGAAGUGGUACUGUCCGACUUGCAGAAAAUUCCCGCAGUUUUGGUCGUGAAAUUGUUCUACGUGUUUUGUUAACUCAAAAGCCAGGCUUGACUAGCAAAACUUUUCUUUGCUCAAAAGCUGGUUCCUAGCAAAUUGGUACAGUUUACUACAUUUUUGAAUUUUGCAUCUUUAAGGCUAUGUUUGGGGAGCAUUAAUGGGAAAACAACCUUCCAGAUGAUGGUACUCCUGAUUGUGGUGUUAUUGAUUUUUUUUGUAAAUAUGCUGGCCUUCUAUUUUUGUCACCAACAGCUUGUAAAAUGUAUAAUCUGCUGUGGUCCGUGGACUAUAAGGCUCAUGAUAUGCAAUUUCUUCCAAA